AUGGACGAAGACGGAAAGACCGCGAUACUGGCUGCUAUAUCUGCGCGCUCGCAGGAGCCUUUUUCGGACAAGAUCCUCUACUAUCCCGCCAUCGACUCCGUGCAAAUUAUCUACGAAGGCACGCCUGAACACAGCCCAGCUCGCAAGCUCCUCGUAACUCUGUACACCAACUUCGUCACCUUCGCUUUCGUCACGGAGAAGUCCGAUGCAGUUCCCAAGGACUUUCUCCACGAUCUGUCUCUCGGUCUCUUGACUCAGCGCCCUCUGUCCAAGACUCUCAAGGACGUUCUGGAUGAGAAAAAGGCUACUGAUACGUCUCUACGACUUGCCAUGGAAGGGUUAGGAUGCGCCGGUGAAGAUGUUAAACAUGUUCGCAAACAAAUGGCCGCGUUGUUGAGGGAGAACACUCAGCUCAAAGCAAAUGCUCAACGGGGAUUGGUGCAUAGUCCCUUCGGCAGUAGCCGCGCUGUGUCGUAUGCAACUGACAGUGACUGA